AUGGAAGCGACUCCUCAGAGAAACGGCUUUUGGAAGGAUAAUUACGGAAACUGGGACCCGAGUUUAGCACAAGCCUCUUCUUCUUCUUCUUCUUCCGUCUCCUCCUCGUCCCUUUCCGUCAGCGUCUCGUGGUUCAAGGACAGUCAGCCGCUGGAGGUCGACUCCAGGAUGACUCUCCUGCCCUCGGGAGCGUUGGAGAUUGAAAAUGUCGUGUCUUCCGACGAGGGCGAGUACUACUGUCAUGCGUCAAGCUUCGACAAGACCAAGGUGUCACACACUGCCACGCUCAGGGUCAAAGCCGCCUUUGCCCUACGCGACCCCAUGGCACCAGCCUUCAUAGCUACCCCUCCGCCGUCCCUCGUCGCCAGGGUGGGUGACGUGGCGACUCUCGACUGUGCAGCCAAUGGGUAUCCUGAGCCGGUCGUCGUCUGGCUGAAGGACGGAGCCACUAUCGACAUGGCGCACCUGGACACGCGCUUCCACUUCCUGGGGACGACGCGGAGCCUGCAGAUCACGCCCCUGAAGGAGGAGGACUCGGGGGCCUACAUGUGCCGGGCCGAGAACAGGGAGGAUUCCGUCGAUGCCGUCGCGCAUUUGGAGGUCCUGGUCCCCCCCCGCUUUGUCCACGAGCCCACCAAUGCCGUCGGCUACGAGAAGGAGGACCUGGAGCUCGAGUGCCAGGCCUACGGCAGGCCCCCCCCCCCUCGUCCGCUGGCUCAAGAAUGCCGAGUUGAUCGUCGAGAGCAAUUACUUCCAGGUAAUUAUGCCAGGCCUACGGCAGGCCCCCCCCCCCUCGUCCGCUGGCUCAAGAAUGCCGAGUUGAUCGUCGAGAGUAAUUACUUCCAGAUGGUGAACGGCCAAAACCUCAAGAUCCUCGGACUGGUCGAGGGGGACGCUGGGAUGUACCAAUGCGUGGCGUCCAAUGCUGCAGGCUCGGCACAGGCCAGUGCCCAGCUUAGGGUGUUGAAGUCGAACAUCCCCGACAGCCGCACGCACAAGACGACGGAAACGACCGAACGCGAGGAGGAAGAAGAAGAUAGAGGAAUAGGGAUAGGGAUAGGAGUCUUCGAAGAAACGACGGGAGGAAGAGGAAGAGACGAAGAGGAAGAGGACGAGGACGAGGACGAGGACGAAGGGACGGAAUUGCUGCCCGACCAGCCGUCCUCCCCGCGUCGGCUGCAGGCAAUCAUCGCCAGCAACCGCUUCAUCACCCUGGCCUGGCAUGAGCCGAGAAUCAACAACGAGCACAUCGUCGGGUAUUCGGUGUUCUAUCGGCAGGAGGGCUCACUCAGAGAACGCGUCCAGAACGUGAGCGCCAGUUCGUCCAGCGAGGGCCUGGACGAAUACAAGACGCAGAUCGGGCAGCUGAGCCCCGGGACGGAGUACCUGGUUCGCGUGGUGGCCCACAGCUCCAGGGGCGGGCCUGGGCUCUCCAGUCGAGAGGUCCGAGUGAGCACCAAGCCCGACCUCGACCUCCCCCCCGCCCCCCAAGGCCUCCGCGUGACCCCCCUGUCCCCGAGGUCGCUCGAGGUCGUGUGGGAGGGUCAGCUCCCGGGGAGCCCCUCCCCCCCGGCCCCCCCUUCUUCCUCGUCGGGCCUCCUAGGGCCCCCGGGACUCGCCGGGGGGGGAGAGGAGGCAAAGAAGAGGAAGAAGCUGGAAGAGGAGGAGGAGGAGAAGAGGAGGAGGAGGAAGGAGAAGACGCCGGUGACGGGAUACGUGAUGUAUUACAUGCAGGUCGGGUCAGCGGAAGAGCACGAGGUCGAGGUCAGCCCGACGGCGACCCGACACGACCUCGAAGGCCUCGACGAGUUCACCGAGUACAGCGUCUGGCUCGUGGCGGUCAAUGCCAACGGGGCCGGCGACGCGACGCGGGAGGUCACGGCAAGGACAUUCUCGGACGUGCCGACGAGGGAGCCUCAGAACGUGACGGUGGAGGCGGCCAGUUCUAGGAGCCUCAUCCUGCGCUGGGAGCCCCCGCCGCCCCAGGACCAAAACGGGGUCAUCACCGGCUACAAGAUAAGGUACAAGGAACGCGGGAAGGCCGGCUCGACCAAGACCAAGACGACCGACGGCAAUCGCAGGCUCUUUGCCCUGACGGAUCUGAAGAGGAGUACGCAGUAUUCCAUUAAGCUCUCUGCCCUGACGGUCAACGGCUCCGGCCCGUCGACCCACUGGAUCCCAGCCGAGACCUUCGCCAAUGACCUCGACGAAAACCGCGUCCCCGACAAGCCGACUAGCCUUAGAGCAUUGGCCAUGAAGGACCACAUCAGCGUGAAGUGGCAGCCUCCGCAGAUGCAGAACGUGAUGGUGCGGGGCUACACCAUCGGCUGGGGCAAGGGCAUCCCCGACGUUUAUUCCAAGAUCGUCGACAGCAAGCAGAGGAGCUACGUCAUUGAAGGAUUAGAACCCAACGCCGAGUACGUCAUCAGCCUGCGAGCCUUCAACAGCGUGGGGGAAACGCAAGCCCCGUGCUACGAGCAGGUCCGAACGCGUCCUCCUGAGCCCCCUUCCGCCCCCACCCUCACCCCCCCUGUGGGCCUGAAGGCGGAGGUUCUCACGCCCUUCACCGUCGCUCUGCAGUGGACGGAUACGACGCUCAACCGAAACCAGGUAUGGGUCGGUUCUAAAAUCUACAUAGAGACACUCAACUCAAUACUCAUACUCCAUACCUUCAUUACUCAUACUCCAUACCAUACUCAUACUCAUACUCUUACUCAUACUAUGCCGAACUCUCUAACCUCUCUCUCCCUCUCCCUCUUCCGCACAGGGUCGCCGAGAAUCUCCGUGGAGCCUGGUGACCUCCAACACCACCCUCCAGGCCCGCCCCCUCCCCCCCCGCGCGACAUCACCGUGGUCCCCAUCCCCGGGGAGCCCCACACCAUCGUCUUCAACUGGCAGCCCCCGAAGCAGGCCAACGGCAAGAUCACAGGCUACCUCAUCUUCUACACGACCGACGCCAACGGAGACUGGGUCAUGGAGGAGGUCAAGGGCGACCGCAUGACCUUCCGCGUGCACGGCCUGACCCCGACGACCCUCUACUACUACAAGAUGCAGGCGCGGAACGUCAAGGGCUUCGGACCCUUGUCUGGGGUCGGCAAUUUCACGACGAUGGUGGCAGGCCUGGACCGAGCGACCGCCCUGCCCCCGACACCAGGCUGGUUCCUGGACCAGAGCAGCCUCAUCGUGCUGGCCGUCGCGGGUGUCGGUGGCGCGCUGACCGUCCUGGGGGCCCUCGUGGGGCUCGCGUUCUACUGCCGCAGGAACAAGCCGAUGCCCAGGCACGGCAAUCUGUCGCACCGCGGUGCGGGCAAAUCCGGCACGGGUCUGGGGGGCAGCAGCCUGGGCAGCUCAGGGGGGGGAGGAGGAGGAGGCCAGCCCGAGCUCAAACCCCCGGACUUGUGGAUCCAUCACGACCACCACCUCGAGAUGAAGAACUUGGAUAAAGGGGACGACAGAGGGGGACGUGACGGCAGGGGUGGCAUGUCCUCCUCUGAGCCCACCGCAGACAGCCCACGUACGCCAUACCAGUCCACCUACCUGCUGGUGGGCGGCAGCACCUCGAGCAGCGUCUACAGCGAGGGCCCCCACUCCCUCCACCGGCCGGGCUACUCCCUGGCCCCUUUCGCUCCCCCCUCGUCCGUCGGGGGCCUGGGGGGCCUCGGGGGGGUGGGGGGUGGGGGUCCGCCCUCCACCUCGUCCCCCGCCGAGAAUCCCUACAGUCCCAAUCCUACCAGUCUGGCUGCCAUGCUUGGGGGCCCCUCGGUAGGGGGUCCCGCCCUCCCCCCCCCACCCCCGCUCCUCGGUUCCACUCUGGGGAGUAACUGCAGUCAGUACAGCUCAACCCUACCCGACGCAGGGGUAGGGGGAGGAGGAGGAGGAGGAGGGGGAAGUGGGGGCAGUUCCACCCUAGGGAAGCGGUCGGGGAAUCCCCUCCGGUCCUUCAGCGUCCCCGCCCCCCCGCAGUCGGCACCGACCACGCCCCAGCCGAAGCAUAUGGUGGGCAUGCGACCCCCCGGCAGCGGAGUGACGUCCCCCUUCAAGAAGCCCCCCCUCGUCCCCCCCCCCUCGGGCUCAGGGGGGAGGUGGGGUCCCGGGGGGGCGGGCGGAGGAGGGGGUCCUGUCCGCGUCGACGCCCUGCCGGAGCAUGAGGAAGCCAGCGAGGCCCUGCUCCACGGAUACUCGACGGAGGAGCUGUCGCAGGAGAUGGCCAAUCUGGAGGGGCUCAUGAAGGACCUCUCGGCCAUUACCGCCAAUCAGUUUAAUUGCUAGGACGCUAAGAAGAAGGAAAAGAAGAGAGAGAAGAGAGGAGGAUAAGAAGGAAAAAAGAGAGAGAGAGAGAGAGGAU